UAUUAUUUCGAAGCACAACAGUCAUGAAAAAACACCAGGAAACGGAAACAUCUAAUUUACUCAAAUAAUAAUGAUAUUUACACACGAAGGGCUAACGAUAUCAUUAUUAGUUUUCGGGAUCCUCUCAUUAUGCUUCUGUUGUGGCCCAGCAGAAUUCAGAACAGAGGCAGGGGAAUGCUGCCCUAUGUGUGGAACAGGGUUUGUUGUAUACAGAGAUUGCACAGAAGAUUCCAGUACUGCAUGCAUUCCCUGUGUCAAAGAAACAUAUAUGAAUGAACCCAAUGGCCUGACAAAAUGCUUUCCUUGUAAAAUUUGCGAUGGAGGGCAAGGUCUCCGCACACUCCAGAAAUGUACCACUUCAAGCAAUACUGUAUGUGAUGUCAUGGAUGGACAUUUUUGCCAGGAAUUUUCAACACAAACUGAAUGUAUAUUUGCAGUGAAACAUGCAGUUUGCCAACCUGGCCAGGGUAUUAAAAUACCAGGGACUAGAACCUCAGAUACAGUUUGUGAGGAUUGUCAAGAUGGCUUUUAUUCUCCACUUGGCAUUAACUGCACUGCAUGGACAACAUGUGGAGCCAGUGAAGAAAAGACUGGAGAUGGGAGUUCCCUAAGAGAUGUUCAGUGUGAAAGAAAGAGCAGGGGAAGACCUGGUCUUAUC